UUUACUUUCUGGUCAAAGCAAGAAAUAGAAAAUGAUAUUAAGUGCACUUUGGCCACUCACAAAAGAAGCCCACAACCAUUUCUCCUACCGUCAGUGUUCCUUUUAAGUGUAUCCAAUGUCUCCUUCCUCCUGCCACCUUUUCUGUCCUGUUUGGUAUCACCCACAUGCCUGGACCCCACCCCUUGUGUUGUAUUUUACAGAGCGCCAGUCUCCCCUGCCAAGAUCAGCACUUUGCAGGGGGCCAGAACUAUAAUUGCCCCCAUUCCACCUCAACGUCAGCAUCCAGUGUUGACGUUUCCAGGGAAACUUGGGUCUCUUUUUGGGCUGCUGGUCUCCUGGACAACAGAGAGCAGCAACAAGAACCACAGGCAGAGGAGCAAUGCGGUGAUUUGGAUUUCUUGGUCCGUGAAGAUUAUGCCAGCGCAGGCAAUCAGCUGUCUUCCCAACUCUACAGAAACAAGCAGCUUCAAGACACCCUGCUGCAGAAGGAGGAAGAACUUGCCAGGUUACACGAAGAGAACAACAACCUGAGACAAUACCUGAAUUCGGCUUUAGUGAAAUGUCUUGAGCAGAGAGCCAAGAAACUGCUGAUGCAGAAUGGAUCCCCCCACAUCUACGGAUGUACAGAAAAUGGGAAGAGGAAACCAAAGGAGGGCAGGUACCCUGCCUUGGAUACGCCCCAUCCCAAGAAUGCCAAGAGAAACCUCUUUAGUGAGUUUGCUGCCUGUGAGGGGCAGCCGGGUCCACCUGUGGACUCAUGGGUCCUGAAAACCCUUGGAUUAAAAGACCUUGACACCAUUGAUGAUAGUGUGCCAGCUAACUACAGUGCCUUGCUCUCUCAGCCUGAAAGAAGCACAUUUCCACAAUUUGCUAGUGAGGAGUCCAGCUACGAACAUGGUGGCAUUGGGGCUGGCGUUUCUUAUGAGAGUGGCCAGGUGGUACCCUUACAGAACACAGGCAGCCAACGGGAGGAGGACUUAGUCUUUUUCUCUGGGGUGCCCAACCAAUCACGUGCUUUACAAACCGUGUCUAACCUUUCCCCCAACUCUUUCCCUCCUUUCAUCUCACCUGGCUAUACCCCUGAUGUCUCGCCCAACAAAACAGAUGUGGUCUUUUCCACAUCCCUGACCCCCCACUGCCACGUGAAAACCCAUUCCUUCCAGCAGGGACAAGCUUUUGUGCGGCGAGAUGAAGAAGGCUGGAAGUUUACUUGGGUUCCUAAACAAUCUUAGGAAGCCCCGGGCCCAACUGGCGAGCACUGCCACAAACCUGCUGUGUUUACAAAGAGCUUUCUCGCACUGGACCCUCAUCUUUUGGGACUAGAAAUAUCCGAAGUCUUCCCUCCUCCCCUCAACUUUUCUACUUUGCUCCUUCCCCUUCUCAGUCUUUAGGGGAUCGUUUUACAGAAGCCACACUGAAACAUGUCUGUUACUCUUUCACAUGCUCCUCGGUUUGUUUACACAGAGGCACUUAUGGUCCACUUCCUCUCUUAGCCCUUGGACUUGAAAAGGUAUUUUCUUUUUAGUUGUCUAUAGGUUGAAAACCUAAAUACACAGCUCCCAUGAUAACCAGUCUGACUACUUCUCUCCUUUAGUUAAGCAGUUUGCACAUUUGUGGUUUGGACUUUUGUUCUUCGCCUUGUUUUCUCCCUAAGCUGGCUGUCAGAAGGUGUGCAAGUAUGUGGAAUGUGUUUCAAGGUCAUUUGUCUACCAUUGCCCUCAGCCUAGGCCAGCAGGGCUAGCAAGGAGCCCUGAGCCACUGAAGGGCGUUGUGAACAAAGGGUGUGCUCAGGGGGGAAGCUGCCGGUUGGGGAGCCUCUUCAUGGGAAGAUCAGCUGCCACACCAUGGACAGCAGCCACCCCCACCUCCCACCCACAGGAAAGUGAUUAGAUUUGCAAGCAAUUGGGCACUUUCUUAGAGGGCUCCAGCAUUUUGUCUCUAAACAGCAAUAUUCAACGGAGAGGCUUUGCAUGAGGGAGUAAGCAUCCCUCUCCCCCCACUCCCCAGUAGAAGAUAAAUUCUCCUGCUUCCCACCCAGGGACUGCCUCUCAACAGCUUUUCUCUUUUGGUGCAAUUUAGUUCCAGAGAUGCUGCAUUGACUAAAUAGAAAGUCUUUGUGUACAGAGAAAUCAAGACUCUUGCCUUUAAUGUUAUAAAUGUAUAUUGUGAAAUAAUCUGAAAGACAAUGCAGUCUCUUUAACCUGACAAUAGCCCACUUUCCAAGCUAGCUGAGCCCAUCAUUUCACUUGGAGGUGGAGACUGAAUAAUUAAAUAUCCAGAAAAUAUAGUUCUCUAGGAUUAGACUAUGAAGGAAUGCACAGAUAGGCUUCAGAUUAAAAGUCAGUGACCCUGACGCUCCCUCUCUUUAUUCAAACAAGCAAUAUUCGUUUGCAAUAACAUCCAUGUUUCUAUCUCGCCUUCUCUUAAAGAUAUUUUCAAAAAAAAAAAAAAAAGGUAAAACACGUAGAGAAAAAGGUAUCUAAAGGCUGGAAUCUAAAUCCUUAAGGUUUAAAUCCUUAAUCAUUCUGCUUUCUGGUGGCUAUUGAUUUUUCUCACCUGUAAAAUAUGUAGGAAAACAAAUGAUCUCACAGACAGAUACUAGAAGGGCCUCCGAGCUAGUAUAAGUCUAAUAUGCCAAGAAGAAACUUCAUUCAUUUUUCAAACUCUAUUUCUAUCAGACUGAGAGUUCUCAGAAAAUUCAAACUACCAUAAUCUAGAUCAGCCUUUACAUCAACACAGGGAAAUCUCCAAAAUCUUUGCAUUUGUUGGUAUAAUAUCUGAAGAAAAGAGAGAGAAAGAGGGGAAAAAGGGAAGGAAAGAGGGAGGAAGGGAAGGAAAGAGGGAGAGAGAGAUAUCUCCUUCAGAAAUGACUUUUUAAAGAGAAAUUUAUGGGGAGAAACAGAAAAAAAUAAACUAGACUGAGACAGUGAUAGGAAAAGAGGGAAUUCUUGUGACCAGUUGCAAAUUUUAAAUAAAAUGUCAAAAAUAAGUCAGGUAUCAAAUUCAUAGUAAUAAAUCACUAUUCAGUAUGUAUUCACUGCAUUGGUGUUGAAAGAGAAAAACUGAGUUACUCUCCAUGCAAUGGAAUUAUUAGAAAACAUGAAUUGUAACUUUUGAAAUGAUUUAAAAUGAAUUCAGAAGCAUUCUGACACACACAGAGAGAAGGAACUGAUGGAAUAUAUAUAUAUAUAUAUAUAUAGUUGAGAAUUCUAAGAUAAGACUCAUCCUAUGGGGGCAAUGCAAAAUAGUGUCUUUUUUUUCAAGAGCCAACUAGAAGGGAUAAUAUACACUGAAUUGUGUAAAGAAAAAUGAUUAACGAAAUCAAUUUUUUAACAAUAAACCCUAAAAAGAAAUUGCAAAAUAACAAGCCAUUCAAAUCUUAACAACUUUGCUUGGAACAUAGAACAGCAUAAUGAUCUCAGAUCUCCAGAAUAUGGCCACUGCCUUGAAAGGUAUGGCUAGUAUGACACCAUCACUCCCUUGUGCAGUUCUUAGCAAUGUCCUCCUAGAAGUUCUCCAGAAAUGAGCUAUUAAAAGGGGUGAGUGGCCUUCUUCCAGAUUCAUUAGUAUCUCCUGCAUAUGAAAGAACCACAAAGGUUGUUCAUUGGCUGUUCUCACUCCAUAGGGUCGGACGGACUUCGUGGCCUUUAUUGCUAGGUACAUUUUACUAAAAUGAUUGUUUGAGAUGGCCUUUGGUGGCUAUUUUAUAUGGUUUGUUACAUCUUAAGCUUUCUUCCCUUUGAUUUGAAUAUAAAAUCAAUAUAUAUAUGUAUCUUUCACUUUAUCAUGCAUUAUUAAUUAUGAAGGGGUCCAAAUGAUAAAUUCUCUAACAGCUUGAGAGUGGCAUUUAGGUGGAAGCCCUGCUCUCUAAAUUAAACAUCUAACCUAAUCUCUUAACUAUGGAAUCAUUUCCUUGCCCUCUGUCCUGGUAGAACAUGCUUUGUAGCUUUGCUACACCAUUAUUUCCUAUGUCAGUAGUCAGUUGGAGAAAAAGCCAACUUGCUCAAAUAGUCAGCCACAAAUUCUGCCACCCAUCUCAUCCUUUAUUUUUCAUGUGUAAAAUGAAUGACAGGGAGAUAUAGUAGGUUGUGAAAGAAGUGGUCUGGGCUAAUGCUUAUGAGAAUGAGGCUAAAAUUGGAUGGGUGAGAAUCCCAAGACUAAGUCUGGAAGCAUGAACACUUUGAAAUAUGCCCCCAAAUCUCUAGUAUGUAACCCAGUGCUGAGGAGUUUUGAACUUAGAAGUUUUUUGGUUUGUUUUUAAAGGGGGUAUUAAUCAAAUUAUGAAAUAAAUAAUUGUCAUAUAUCUUAGAGACAAACAUGGUUUUAAGGCAAAUUUUUAGAUUUUUAAGGAUUUAUGUCUAAAGGGGACUUUAUGAAUCAUUUUACUGAUUAAGUGUGUGUGAGAGAGCAGAAGUGGUCUAUUUAAAAUCACCCAGAUAAUAAAUGAUUGGGCUAACAUUCAAACCCAUGUCCUCAAACUUGAAAAUUCAGUGCUCUUUCUAUAAACAAAGGUUCUCAUCAGGACCUUGGCAAUUUUCAUGUUUGACAAUUAUCAUUUUCCUAUAGGACUAAGACAAAACUACAUUUGUUCCUCUUUACCAAAAGAACCAAAGUCGUGACCAAUGUUCUUGUUUAAUUCUAAUUAGAUGUAAGUGAUCCUGCAAUACCACCUGCUGUGAAUUGUGUCAAUAUCCAUCUUAACAUUCUCUGAUUCAUUUUAAAGCCUGUGGGAUUUUGUUUUCAUUAUGUGGUCAUAACACAGACAUGCAAAUAAAUUCUUAUAUUUGCUUUUCUUAAAAAAGUGAAAUACAAGCUUAAUUUAAUAUUAUUUUGUAUAGUUUUGAUUUGUGUGUGAUAUUAAAAAUCUCUAAUUAUAUGUGAGUCAAUCCUGUAAUAUGUUAUGCCUAAUAAAAAGAGAAAUAAUCCAAACCAAUGGGACACCAUUUAUUAAAAUCAAAGCUAUAUUGAUUUGUUUUGUAUGACAAAUGUUUCUAGAUUAGUCUGUGAGAUGUCUCUUGUAACACAGUAAGCAAAUCAAGUAAAACAAAUAACAAUUUGUUUAAAAAG